CAAAGAACAAAUCACAAACGAAGGAGGGCUGAGUGGACACCUGUAGGCUCUAAUCUGUGAUUCUGUCUUAAAACUUAGAAAGUGUUUCCUUCAUCUCAAUCGUAGCAGAAUCAGAGAAGAGGUUCAUCACAAACACUAUAGUGAGGGUGAAGAAGUGUCGAUUCGAUCAAUCUCAGUCAAUUCUCUUGACGUUUGAGGCCACGGGUGAGGUUUGUAUAGGGUGGACGAGUUCUCAAGCUUUGCUUUGAUUGGAAGAAAAGUAGAGGCUUUCCAAGUAAGACAAAAAAAUAUAUAUAUGUUUAUAGUUGAACCUUUCACCUGAUGGCAAGGAUCAAACCUCAAACAUUGCUACUUCAAAGCAAAAAGAAGAAGGGCCCUACUCGCAUCAGUCUCACUACUAUCAUUACUUGCAACUUAAUUGUAGUAUUGAUCGUGCUGUGCUUAUUUGCUACCUAUAGGCAUUGGUCUCAGAGGUCCAGGAACCAACAAGAAGAGCAUGGCUUGCCAAAUCUUCUGGAUGUGGAUGCAAAGAAAUUUGAUCUCCCUGGUUACGCUAUUAUAAAUACCUCAAAAGGUUCGAUUACGGUGGAGCUUUUCAAGAAUGGAUCUCCUGAGAUUGUGGAUAAAUUUCUUGAUUUGUGUCAAAAGGGGCACUUCAAGGGGAUGCCUUUCCAUCGUGUAAUAAAGAACUAUGUGAUUCAAGGGGGAGACUAUCAAAGACUAGGAGCUGCAGAAGAUUGGACAUCGAAAGGAAAACCUGGCAAUCAACUUACAAUAAGCCCCAGGCAUGAGGCAUUUAUGCUUGGAACUUCAAAGACUAAACAGGAUAGCAAAGGAUUUGAGCUUUUUAUUACGACUGCACCAAUUCUGGAUUUAAAUGAUAAGCUUAUGGUGUUUGGGCGGGUGAUCAAAGGAGAGGAUGUUGUUCAGGAAAUUGAAGAGGUGGAUACUGAUGAACACUACCAACCAAAGUCCCCAAUAGGGAUCAUCAGUGUUACUUUGAAGAGAGAGAUUUGAAGUCUUUGUCAUGUGUAUAAAUUUCUGUUAUCAUCGUGGUGCCCUUGAGGAAUCAUUUUCCACCAAGCCCAUUUUUUCUCUCUCCUGUUGGGGAUAGUUGAGCAAAGAUUUUAGUAGAGAGGUUUUUUUUUUUUUUUUGGGGGG